AUGCCGUGGCGACGGACGGAUGAUCCCUACCGGAUUUGGGUCUCUGAGGUGAUGCUCCAGCAGACACAGGUCAAGAAAGUUGUGGAUUACUAUGAGAGAUUCAUCGAGCGGUUUCCAGAUGUGCAGCACUUGGCAGUUGCCCCGCUACAGGAUGUCCUGAAGGUCUGGGAAGGCUUGGGGUAUUAUGCGAGAGCGCGGAAUCUCCACAAAGCGGCACAGGUCAUUGUGGAGGAACUGGACGGGAAAAUACCGGUGGAUUAUACGACCUUUCGGAAAUUGCCGGGUGUCGGGGAUUAUAGUGCGGCGGCGGUGCAAAGUAUCGCUUUUAAUGUGCCGUAUGCCGCUGUAGAUGGGAACAUCAAACGUGUGCUGGCGCGCCUGUUUCUGAUGGAGGCACCGAUUAACGACGCGAAGUCAGCGAAGUUGUUUCAGCAGAGAGCGGAUGAACUUUUGGAUCGGAGUGCGCCGGGGUUUUUCAAUCAGGCGAUGAUGGAGUUGGGGGCAACCGUGUGUCGUCCGCAAUCGCCGACCUGUCUCGUCUGUCCCGUGAAUAUGUUUUGUGAGGCGUUCCACACGGCACGGCAAGAUGAGUUUCCGUAUCGGCGUGAGACGAAACCUGUCCCGGAACACCAUCUCGCUGUCGGGGUUAUCUAUAGGGACAACGCGGUUUUACUCACGCAACGGCAAUUGGACGGUUUGCUCGGUGGACUCUGGGAGUUUCCGGGUGGGCGGCUUGCCGAAGGUGAAACCGCUGAGGCGGCGUGUGUUCGGCAUAUCGCUGAUGUCGUCAAUCUCUCUGUCACCAAUGUGCGGUCUCUCACGCGUGUCAGGCACGCCUACACCCAUUUCAAGAUUGUUGUGGAUGUGUUUCAGUGCGAUUAUCGAGCGGGCGAGGUGGUUCUGAAGGGUCCGCGGGAUGCGAAGUGGAUCGAGAUUGCGGCGUUGCAGGAUUAUCCGCUCCCGCGUGCAACGCAUAAGUUUUUGGAGAAGUUGAUUGGGGAAUAG